AUGAAAAAAAAGACAACUUGCAAAGCUGAGCCUCCGGUGAAGAAGAUGAAGAUGGCCUCUCAUUUGGAGCAACCAGUGAAGAACCUUGAGACUUCCAAGUUGAAGCAACCGAGAAAAAAAAUGAAGACAACUCCCAAUUUGGAGAAAUUUGAAUUUAGUGUGCCAUUGGAGAAAAUGGAGAGGAAGCCCAAAGCAGAAUCUCCAGUGGAUAAAGUGGAGGCAACCUCCAAGUUAAAGCAUCAGGUGAAGAUGAGCGAUACAAAGGAGACUCCAGCAAAGGAGAAGAUGUUAUCCCAGAAAAUCGAAACCCCAGUGGAGGAGCAGGAAGGUGUAUCAAAACUAAAAACAGAACUGGAUGACUGCCAAAUAAAUAUAGGCAAGAAACCAGUUGCACCAAUGAAGGCUGGAAGAUCCAAAGGAAAGCUCUCAGCAGGAUGUACGAGUGCUGGCUCGUAUUACUGCCCAGAUAAACCGAGAAGUUUUGAGGUUCUUGAUCUCAGCAAACUGAAGCGGAAACCUAAAAUGUGUUACGGGUGUCGCAAGCCAUUACCGAACGACCAAGGAAAUAUUAGUUUGAUCUUGAAGAACCCGGGACACCAGAGAAUUCUACUCUAA